AUGGUAAAAGUAAAACACUAUACAGGAAUGUUGGAAGAAGUAACUAAAAACACUGCUAGGAAUAUUACAAAUGGCAUUUUACUACAAGUUUGUGAUUUGCAAAAAGUGGAAAAGUGUGACAAAUCUAAAGAAAAAGAAAAAGACGUUUCACCUGAUAAAAUGACAAAAAAGGAUAUCAAAGGUGCACCAAAUGCCAUCACUAUGUUCGCCGCGGAGUUCAUUGGUACUGGUCUUCUAAUGUUCAUAGGCUGCAUGGGUUGUGUUCCUGAAUUUGACAAUCCUGCCGCAGUUCAUCACAUGGCAUCGUUGACUUUCGGAUUAGUAGUCCUGCUUAUCAUUCAGACAUUUGGUCACAUAUCAGGAGCUCACUUAAACCCCGCAGUCACAUUUGCAGCAGUAUUCAUGAAGCUCGUAUCUCCAAUGAUGUCCAUAGUAUAUAUUGCAGCUCAAUUCUUAGGCGCUACUCUAGGUUUUGCCUUACUGAAAGUAUUAUUGCCUACUGAUUUUUAUAAAGAUGGAUUUUGUAUGACACUGCCACAUCCCAAAAUUACUGCAAUGCAAGCAUUAGCAAUAGAGACGAUUAUAACUACAACUUUGAUAUUAAUAGUUUGUGCAGUUUGGGAUAAAAGAAACGAAAAAAAUACAGACUCCACACCUUUGAGGUUUGCCUUAAUUAUCGCUGGAAUUUCCAUGGCUGCGGGCCCUCUAACGGGUGCUAGUAUGAAUACAGCAAGAACUUUUGCUCCAGCCUUACUUCUAGGAAAUUUUAAAGAUCAGUGGGUAUACUGGAUCGGUCCUAACAUUGGGGCAAUUCUAGGGUGCGGUAUAUACAAGGUUUUAUUUGCUUUACCAGAAGAAGAGGAACCACAAACUAGAGAAGAAGUUCUGAGCCUUCAAGACGUUAAACUAGAAAAAUCAUAAGUUACAUAUUUAUGAUUUCAAGUAAAAAGUGUAUUAACAUUACAUCCAGUCUUUGGAACCAUAGUGAGCAGCUACUUGACAUAUAUUUUACAGAAUAUGAAAUGUUUUCUGUAGAAUAAUCCCAUUAAUAUAAUUUAUUGAGACAAAAUGAUUAUUUUUAAACUUUUAUAACGUAGAUCAAAAAUAACUGGACUUUUUGUUAAGUUAUUGUCAUAAAUUUUAUUUGUUUUUACGAUUGAUGGUUUUUAUAUUCGUUAUCAAAGAAUAAAACUGACUGAUGGAUGUAAACGCAACAAUAAUCACUUUUGUGUUAAUAGCAUACCCUGCUGUAUCUAUUAUCUGCUAAAAGAUGAGAUGUUUUAUAGAAACAAGAUUUAUCUGGUCUAAUGUAGCUGACAAUAGUAGGCAGCGAUAAUUAUAACCCCUAAUUAACAAUCAAUAAGCGGUAUCAUCUUAUAAUUUAAGCUAUAGUUGUUAAAUUUUUCCCAGAUUAUUAGCGUGUUCUAUUUUGUAGAUAAAAUAUGUUCAGGGGUAGCUACGUCAUCCUUAAUUAUUUUGAUUUUGGAGUGUCCAUUCAAGAAAUAGCUAUCUAAAUAUAUUCCAUUGCUCAAAGAUAUAGGGAAAGGGUGUACAAUAUUUUACUUAAAGAAAACAUUUUCUUAAACAAAACUUAGUAAAACGAAAAUUAAAGUAUUUGAAACACUUUAGAUGAGUUUUUAACAAAGUAGGAGAAAAUAUGUACGUUUAGCUAAUCUUGCAUAAGUACUUUCCUUUCCUAGAGUAUCUUCAGAGUCAUUUCUCUAGAUGCUCUAGGAAGCGAAAGUACUUGGGCAAGAUUUAAUUAAUAAACUAUGCUCUAUGUCUGUCUUUUAUCUGAUCAAAGUUCAUUUAUUCGAGCAUCAACCUUAUAUCAAAUUAGAUAUUCGUUUCUGAGCACUUCUGAACAACGAAUUCGGUAUAUAAAAGCACUGUGUCAUUAUACCUCCCACUAUAUCAUUUUGUACACCCUUCCCCUAGGAUUAUUUGGCAUCUCUUUUCUUUCAUUUUAUUCUUUUGUAAUUUUUCCAUUUGUCUUAUUGAUCAGCUUAAUUGUCGUAAUUUAUUGCGAUAUUUUUUGAAAUUAAUUUCUAACUAAAAAUUGCAAAGUCUGCAUGGUACCUUUGUGAACUUCCUCGAUGUCCAACAUUCUGGCCCAUAGAGAUUCACUGGUACAAUCAAACCAUUGACCAGUCGUGGCUUAUACUCUAACUAGCACAAUUUCCUAGAUUUUUUUAACCAAUGGAAUAUUUAGUCAGCGCUGCCUUUCAAAGUGCUGGUCUCAGCUUAAUUUUAGGUAACCUGACACACAAACUGUACUACAAAAGUUAUACCAGAUAUUUCUCAAGAUCGUCUUUGGUGUUAAUAAUAUUUAUUAUUAUAAAUAAUAUAGUAAUUAUUAUUAAUAUAGUAAUAUUUUUUUAUAGUUGGUUUAUUCUGAGAUGUGCAGUUUUUAUGUAUGUAAAUUUUAAUUUUUAAAAUACCGUUUUAUCAAAGCGGCGAAUACCUACGAUUACAGUUAGUAAAAUUAAAUAAGUCUGCUGAGAUAUGCAGAUGACAAAUAGAAUACCUUGAUUCAGUGGGUGUACCUUAAAAAAAUCCUGUUAUUAUUUGAUCAAUUCCAAUAUACCUAGUAGGUUGUAUUGUAUAAAUAAGAUGAUUAUAUAUUUAAUUAUGUUAGGAAGAUUAUGACAAAUGUCAUAUUGACAUUUUAGACUGUAAAAAAUAUACAAGAAAUUUACUAAAUUAUUUUAUAACUUUGAUUUAAUUUAGUUUAUGCAUAUCAUUUUAAACUUUAGACAUUUUAUGUAACCAAAGCAAAACACCAUCUAACAACACAUCCAAGAAGUGAACAUUUAAAUUUUGUUUUAAAUUACAAAUCGUAAUUCAUGGAAACAUUAAAAAGUUGUUGAUAUUUUUAUUAAUAGUAACUAAAUACCAUACGAUUUAUAUUUAACCCUUUCACUGAGGGGACCUUAAAAAUUGAUGCAUGUCCCAUGCGCGUUAAAUCUACGAAUGCGAGUAUACUCGUUAUGAGCAGUUGACUAGUUGACCCUCCGCGAUUAUACUCGUCUGGAGAAGCGCACCGUACAGGACCAAUACACUAGCAGAACAGUUUUAAUUUUAAUUUUUAGUUCAGAUUUUUUCGGAUAUCUGAUUAUGAAAUAAGAGUUAACAAAGUGACAGACAGUUUAUAUUGAUAGUACCGAACAAAAUUCGAAAUAAAUAAGAAACCACUUAUCAUUCUUACAGAGCUAUAACGAUGAUGUCAAUUUUUGUAAAGCAUUUGAAUCAAAAGUCUUUUUUUUGUGUGCUAAAUACCAAAACAAGGCACACCACAAAGUGCUACAUGACAGACAGGGCACAUAUAUCUUGAUUCUGCGCGUUUUUUAUUUUUGUCGCAUACAACGCACCUCCUAGUCGGAUUUUUUUUAAAGGUUGUCGGUGGAACUACAUCAAAAAAAUGUCUUUCUGUGAGCCUCAAAUCACAUUCACCUCCACAUCUUCGCCUUCUUCCAUGUGGAAAGAUGAAACAUGAUAUUUAGCUAUAAUUUCUUCUACUAAUCUGAGUUGGAAUUUGGCUACUGGAAUAUUUUCGCCAGUUUUAGCUUUAUAAAGCUGAUAAGAGUUUAAUACAGCCAGAUCCAACAAAUGGAAAAACACCUUCUUGUACCAUUUAAUGGUUUUCCUGACACUUUCUAUCGAUGUAAGUAGCAUGUCCAAUUUGUCGACUGAUCCCAUAUUAUUAUUAUAUCCAAUGAUACAAUGUGGUUUUUUAAUAAUGUCUCGUGUAAGAUAAUCUACACAUUCCGUAUUUCUUAGUUACGCAGGUAACAGCUAGUGAGCAUGCAAACUUCACGCUCAUCUUGCCAUUUCAGCAUGAGAAGUUUAUCUGUAGAUCUGGGCACAACUUCACGACUUUUAAGUUUUCUGUUUGGCAUAAAUUUUCUGUUUGAUUUUACUGUUCCACAGGUAUUUGUUUUAAGAUCGUGAAGGUGUGAGAAUAACAUAGGACUUGAGUACCAGUUAUCUACAAAUAGGCUAUGUUGAAAUUUUGUUCAAGUAAGGCUUUAAAAGUGACAAAACAAUGUCACCAGAUUUUCCCAGUUUUUCAAUUUCAUAUUCUUCAAUAUCAGAUAUGGCUCUCGUGUAUAUGAUGAAGUGGAGAACAUAGCUGGUUUCACAAUCACAAAGGAGAAAAAAUUUACUUCCAAACCGAUGUCUUUUUAAAGGAAUAUACUGUUUGAAAAAAAGUCUGCCUUUAUAUAAUAACAGACUUUCAUCUAUGCAAAGAUUUUGAAACGGACUGAAAUUUUCUCUAAAUUUGGUUUUCAAAUUAUCGACUGUUUUUUGUUGUUUGUUUGUGUUUAAAUGACUGUGGACACUAAAUCCAUUCGCCAAAAGAUUUGCCAAUUAGAUAUGACGAUGAUCGACUGUAAUCAUUAUCUUACGUAAAUUGUCUCUUUUGACAGGCUCUUCAUCAUUAUCAACAAAAUGCAUCAUCCGCAAAAUUAGUAGAAAGCGAUUUCUUGUCAUAAGGAGCAAAAAUGUUGGAGUAUUCAUAAAAGGUACUAAUCCAAUCAUAAUUGACAUUCGAUUUUUUCGUCUGGAGUAUCAACAGAUUGAUUGCUAAAAAGCAGUACAUUUUAUUUAUAUUAACUAAUUUUCAUCGUUGUAGACGUGAAUUCGCAUCAACCUGUUGUCUACUUUCCUGUUCAUAGUAUGGGUGUUUGGGUGUAAUUUUCUUCAUUAUUUGGGGCGUAACAAAGCUUUCAAAAAAUCUACAGCAUGUGGCGUAUCUGAUAAACUAUCAAUUUUACAUCCAGAAUUGUUAUUAUCAAAAAGGUUUAUGACCGGUAAAAACUUUUAAUCUUUCCAAAGAAAUGCCGCAGCUUGCAUAGUUGUUGUUAACUGUUCGGCUGGUGUGUUUUUCAAUUCAUCUCCAGUUUCAUUUUCUGCAUCAUCUUCAGCCUCGUUUUCAGCAACAUUUUGUGAUUUUUCCACGAGCGUUGAUGUUAGAAUGAAAUAAAUGCUUAUUUAAAAUCAACACGAACACAAAAAUAUAUAACAGACGUUUUGAGAUCAACGUGCAGUACAAAAAGCCUAAUACAUAUAUAUUAAGUUCACCUUCUGCAUCUUCUGUAUCGCUUUUUGGCCAUCCAUCGUCACUCUCAUAAUGGUUCAUAAAAUCAUCUUCAAAAUCACUUUCUUCUAGCAUACGCGCGAGAUCUGCAUCAGUAAGAUAUUUCCGACUCAUUUCCGUGACGGAUAAAACAAUACUGAUUCGAGUUCAAAUUGCAACCAAGCAAAUAUUUUGUAUAGUACCUUAUGCGAGUUAACUCGUCUAGAGCAGUCUGAGCGUAUGUACUGUCGGUGUGCGCAAACAGAGACAGAAUGCAAGAUUCGAUUUGUCUAUGAAGAGGUGACGUCAUAUAUCGAAUAACAAUGCUCUACUGUAUAUUGAAACAGUUCUAGAGCAGUCAGCAUAUCAGCAAGUAUACUCGUCAAGUGCAGUGAAAGGGUUAAAUUUAUAAUCGAUACUGUGAUUGCAUUUUAUAAAAGGACACCAAAUUGUCACCUAAAAAAGUAUAUGUUAAAUUUUGUUAGUGAAAUAUCGAACAAAUGUUUUGCAUUUUAAGUAACUAUUGAUAUAGGUAAAUAAUUCAUUAAUAUAAGUAAUAGUUUAUAUAAUUAACACACUGUAUAAUUUUUUGAAUAGAGGGUAAUUAGUUUACUGAUUGUUUUUAAAAAUUGACAAUGCAUUUUAGCUAAAAAUUACUUUCUAUUUUGUUUUUAUCAAAUAUACCUAAAUACAAGACUUUUUAUAAUUCUUAAUUUAAAUUUUCUUUAAAUUUUAACAAAUUUUAUUAAAAAAAAUUACUCAUAUACAUACAUUGUCCAUUUAUUUUGGUGUAAAUAUAUUUAUUUCUAUAAAUCUAGUGUUAGUUGCAGAUAUAUUUAUUUUUUGAUAUAUAUAAAAAAUCUAUUUGUAAUUAAAAAUAUUUGAAAACGU